AAUCUCGAGAUACCCAUCGGCUUUUUUGUGCCAUCAACUGCCGAAUGGCCGAGUGCGAUGCACGACGUGCAGCCCACACGCGUACUUCCGGUGCUGCGCAAGCACGUCUACGAGCCUCCCGAGGACUACGCCGAUGGUGUCCACGGACCCGAGUCGGGUUUCAUCACUGACCUACCCAACUUGCCAUGCAGCGUCUCGCCGACGAGCUUCCGGCGCACUCGUCGGUGUCGUUUGAUGUGCCGGCGGAGCCGCCGUGGCCGCAAGAUCUCUGGGACGUCGACUUGCUCCAGCUCAGCGCCAAGCGCGAUGCGUGGCUUGCAGAGAUGGCGAUCCAGUAUAGCGCGUCGCUGGCACUGCUCCAGGUGCUGUCGAUCGAGCCGCCCGCAGUGACUUUCAACAAAGUCUACCCGGUGCAACUCGUGCUGCAGUGCAUAGAGGUGUACCAAGCACUGCACGGCCAAGCUUUCAUUCCACUGCUCUUUCACGUCCCGCUGCGCGACGCCAAGUGGCCUCAGGAUGUGUCGUUGAUGCCUCUGGGGUUCUUUGUCCGGGCGGCGCAGGACCAGUGGGCAAAUCUCGACCCGUUGGACCAGUGGGCAAAUCUCGACCCGUUGGUGCGCAAUGCGAUCUCUGCGUUUGGUCUGUCGCCCGACGACGAAAUGGACGACGUCGGUGCCAUCGACAACGGCGAUUUGAUCGAUGGCGACGUUGGUGCCGAAGUCAACAACGACCAAGACAUGGCUGCCAGCGAACCUGUUGCGAUGAGCGCUGUGCCUGCUGGCGCUGACAGCAUGGACGCACGAAAUGAGGAGGUAGCGCUGCGCCAAGUGUACCGUCCCGCUCCACCGCCGAUAGUCGACGACGGGUUUGACUGGCCGUUGCUGCUCGGUGCCUUGUCCUGGUAUUUCGUCGUCCAGAAGCACUCGAACAUUCCAUCUGCGUAUGUCAUGGAAGGCAAGGUACCGCUGGGCGACCUCGUCCGACAAAUUCGACAAGGCCACGUCGACGCGAGGGUCUCGAGGCUCUUGACCCGCUCAACUUCGCAUGCUCGGACGCACUUUCAGCUCGCUCCGCAACCGAGCCAAGACGUACUGUACGAGCCUGGCCGAUUUGCCGAGCUCGAGGCGCUCGGCUUUGACUGGUUGCCGCAUCGUGGAACGCUCCGCAUCCUCACGUACAACGACUGUGGUGCCCGUCGCAUUCGCAACGCGCCUCUGACGGCGCUAGUUGCGGCGCUGCAAGCGUACCACAGCACCUACGGCCACCUCGACAUUCCAAAGGACUUCAAGGUUCCGGCGCAAGACGCGGCAUGGCCACCGGACGCAGCAAACGUCGCUCUCGUCUACGUGCCGCAGACGCUCCACGCUCUAUUUUACAAGCUCUCGGACAACGACGUGACGGUGUUGCACGGUCUUGGACUCUUUUCCGAGCUGCCGCCGUGGGCGGACGCUCGGUCGCUUCUCUCGACCUUCAAGAACCUCGUCCAGCCGAAUACGGUGCCACUCGAUUUUGCAGUCCCAGCAACACCGGAUUGGCCGACGCAGUACCACGGCUUUGGACUCGGCGAGCUCGCCUGGUACCUCGGCUUCAAGAAUGCAACGCUGCCAAGCGACAAGCGCAAACAGUUACUUGCUCUUGGCAUGGAUUUCAACACACCGGCCACCUGGGCAGGCAUCGUGGGUCGUCUCGAGGCUGGCGGCGCCGACGUGCCAGCUGACGAUGGCGUUGCGGACGAUGGGGUCUCGCCACUGCGCCUGAACUACUGGACGUCGAAGCUUCGGCAGGCGCAGUCGCUGCACCUCCUCCCGAAAGCGACGAUGGACGCCGUCUCAGCGAUUGACGCUCGCAACCUGACGGCCACUGCCCGACUUGCACCGCUCGGCAGUGCCACGGCGGCGCUGAUGCCGUCCAAACGGCGUGCAUCGCCGACUCAAAACGACGGGCGGUGCAAGCGAGCUCGAGUUGCUGGUAUGCAGGUCGGCGAGUCGACUCGCACGGCAGCACUGCUCACCCGGAACCAGAAGUCGAUAUUGGACGAGCUUGGCGUUGACGGGAAUGAGCCGUCUUUGCAUGACGAAGAGACCGACAACGCGCCGCCUGGGUCGAGUCCAGUUGUGUCGGAUGAAGAGGAGUUCAGCAGCGCCGACGACGAGAGCUCGAGCAGCGACGAUGACGAGAGCUCGAGUAGCGCGUCAUCUUCCGCCGUUGAUGAUCCUCCGUUUGUCGGUCGUGCUGCGGGCAGGAAGCACCGGCUUACAUGGACGUGGGAAGCCAAAAUCGACGCGCUCAGUGCGUACCGCGCCGAGUGCGGGCGCGUUGAGAUGCCGACGGCAUUUCGUGUGCCGGCGUCGUCAGCGUACCCGCCGCACUUGCACGACAUGGCCCUUGGCAAGAUCGUUGGCAGAAUCCGCUGCGGAGAUUGUGUGAUGACGCCCUCGCGCCUUCGUGACCUCGACGCCCUCGGCUUCCGCUGGCGAGCCGGUCGAAUGGGGUGCAGGUACGAAACUUGCCAAGUGAGCCCAACCAGAGCUGACCAUCGGACUCCCCGGUUUGUGUCGUGGUCGGACCAAAUCGACGCACUCCUCACGUACCGGCGUCUCCACGGCAAUCUCGAGAUACCCUUCGGCUUUAUUGUGCCAUCAACUGCCGAAUGGCCGACUGCGAUGCACGACGUGCACCUCACACACGUUCUUCCGAUGCUGCGCAAGCACGUCUACGAGCUUCCGGACCACUACACCGAACGUGUCCACGGACUCGAGUUGGGUCUCCUGCCCGAUAUUCCCAACUUUGACGCGUUUCUUCGUCUGGUCAAGAUCUACAGCGAUACAUUUGGCAGCGGCGCUGUCGCCAGAGACUUUCUUAUACCUCCGAAUGGCGGCAACUGGAUCGACGCGUGGCGCGGCUUGUGCCUCGGCGACCUCGCGUGGUCCGUCGGCCUCAACAUGACGGCUCUCACUGCCCACAAGCGUGCGCUUCUGACGACCGUUGGCUUUGUCUUCAACUCGGCCGAGACGUGGCGCCGUAUUGUCGUUGGUCUGCGCACGUACCACUUGGUCCACAAUCGAGUGUCUGUGCCGACAGCGUUUGUUGUGCCAAGCGCGCCCGAGUGGCCAGCGGACUUGCAUGACAUGCGGCUCGGUCACUGGGUCGACGUCAUGACGUCGGCGAGAAGAUACCGGCUGCUUCCGGCAGCAACCGUCGCCGCCAUCGACGCAAUUGGGUCGCGUGAGCAAGCCAAUGGUGCUUUAGUACCACCACCAACAAGCCGUGGUCAUCGUGGAGCGUGGCCAGCACCGCCGACUUGCUCUGGCGCAGCGCUUCCGACUGCCGCUGCCCAUGUCCGCGCGACGUCGCCCAGCCCGCCGGUAGCGAUGUUCCCUCCUAUCGUCACGCAUAACGACGACGUCAACCGUGCUUUCGUUCCAUCGGCGCCGGUGGUACCCUCUGUGCGCACUCGCGCGGACUCGGUGUCGCAGGUACGCGUCGACCCGAGACCUGCCGUCGAAAGCAGCGUCCUGCCGCCGAGCUCACCGGCAGCUGCGAUCUCGUCAAUCUCACGAUCAAGCCAAGAGGCACCACCGUCCAAUUCACCGGGGGCUCGUGUGCUUGUGGGCGCGCCACCGCCUGUCUCCGGUAUCGCGUUGGCUGCUGCAGGUCUUGCCCCGGUCGGCAAGGACGGGGACAGCGACGACGACAAUUUCAGUGUUCUCAACUUUGAUGCUGACGACGACGAUAUGAGUCAUAUCGACUUUGGUACCGACGACAACGAAGAAUCCGACCGGGAGGCCGAUGCGUCUCUCGAGUUGUCGAUGCCGAAGGCAGCGAUCAGUGGCUCCCGUGGCGAGUCGGCAGCGCCAAUGUCAGUUUGUAUUGGGGCGGCUCGGUCGGCCCCUGUCGAAAGCGACGCUCCGCCACCGCACUCAUCUGGUGCGACGGUUCCCACCGGUUUACGAGUGUGCCAGGCACCACUGCCAACGGGUGCCUCCCAGCCCGGCGCCAUUGCGCUGCCCGCUUCUCGCCUCCAGUCGCCAGAGCCCGAAGCUCGCGUCGACGGGCAGUGGGCGAGCAAUUUCACGGGGCUGGAGACCUUCAAGGCCAUCUACCAUCAUCUGGACGUGCCCCCAGACUUUGUCAUCCAAGCCAUGGAGCCCUGGCCAGCGUCCGUGCACGGCCUCCAACUCGGCGGCGUUGUCAUGUCCCUUCGGCUACUGACUCCGACCAGUCUUGCACCGUGGAUCGUGGCCCGUCUCGACGCUUUCGGCUUUGAGUGGGCACCGUUAUGCUUUGACUCGGUGGACAGUGCCAUGCAACGUCUCGCCGACGAGCACCCGGCGCACCCGCCAGUAUCGUUUGAUGUGCCGGCGCAGCCGCCGUGGCCGCAAGAUCUCUGGGACGUCGACUUGCUCCAGCUCAGCGACAAGCGCGAUGCGUGGCUUGCAGAGAUGGCGAUCCAGUAUAGCGCGUCGCUGGCACUGCUCCAGGUGCCGUCGAUCGAGCCGCCCGCAGUGACAUUCAACAAAGUCUACCCGGUGCAACUCGUGCUGCAGUGCAUAGAGGUGCACCAAGCACUGCACGGCCAAGCUCUCAUUCCGCUGCUCUUUCACGUCCCGCUGCGCGACGCCAAGUGGCCUCAGGAUGCGUCGUUGAUGCCGCUGGGGUACUUUGUCCGGGCGGCGCAGGACCAGUGGGCAAAUCUCGACCCGUUGGUGCGCAAUGCGAUCUCUGCGUUUGGUCUGUCGCCCGACGACGGCAUGGACGACGUUGGCGCCGAAGACAACAACGAUGCGAUUGAUGGUGACAACGAACGCCAUGCUGGCCCCGUCAUCAUCGACUUGAGCGACGACAGUUCUGACCCUCUCGUCAUCGACCUGAGCAACGACUCGAGCGCCGAGGACGAUCAAGACGACGGGCAUGCGGUGAUGGACGCCGCGCCUGCAGCUGUCGUCGUUUAAGCGCUCCGACGUAGUCCCUGCCGUGGCUUUGUCAAGACCCAGUGGCCGCCCCGAUGGCUUGGACGACAAAAAUGUGCUCGCGAUUUGACCCGAGGUUUCUUGUAUGUACAAUGUAGCACUAGCAAUCUGAAUCAAUAUUUGUUUUUGUGAAA